AUGCUUCGACAAGUUUCAAGGAGCCUUGCAAGGCCCGUUGCACGAACUGUCCCGAGAGUGAGGGUGUCGAGACCAUUCCUCGCAACGAUGCCUCGCCACUUGUCGUCCUUGCCCCAGGUUGACCCCCCAGUGUCGACGACACUACCCUCGGAUUCGUUUCAGUUACUUUCCACCGAAGAGAAGGCCGGGGACGCAGAAGAUAUCUUGUUCAAAGAACAAGUUAGGGAUGUGAACAACUGGUGGGCGUCCCCUCGGUAUGAAGGAAUCAAGAGACCCUACACUGCCGAGGAUGUUGUGAGUAAGAGGGGGACAUUGCAGCAGAGUUAUCCUAGUUCGAUAAUGGCCAGGAAACUGUUCAACCUCCUCAACGAGAGAGCGGCUGAGGGACAACCCGUCCACACAAUGGGAGCAAUCGAUCCUGUCCAGAUGACGCAGCAGGCGCCGAACCAAGAGAUCCUUUACGUGUCCGGUUGGGCAUGCUCUUCGGUCCUUACCACCACGAACGAAGUCUCCGCAGAUUUCGGAGACUAUCCCUACAAUACCGUACCCAACCAAGUUCAGAGAUUAUUCAAGGCACAACAACUACAUGACCGAAAGCACUUCGAUGCUCGUAGGAAGCUGAGCGCGGAAGAGCGAGCGAAGACUCCUUACAUUGACUACUUGCGACCCAUCGUAGCCGAUGGUGAUACUGGUCAUGGUGGUCUGUCUGCCGUUAUCAAGCUGGCAAAAUUGUUCGCUGAGAACGGUGCCGCUGCUGUGCACUUCGAAGAUCAGCUCCACGGUGGCAAGAAGUGUGGACAUCUGGCAGGCAAAGUGUUGGUGCCUGUCGGCGAUCACAUUAACCGCCUUGUGGCUGCCAGGUUUCAAUGGGACAUGAUGGGCUCCGAAAAUCUCGUCAUUGCCCGCACCGACUCCGAGAGCGGUAAACUGCUUUCCAGCGCCGUCGAUGUGCGAGAUCACGAGUACAUCCUAGGUGUUGCGGAAGAGACAGAGCCACUUGCCGAAGUUCUUCAAGAAAUGGAGCUGAAUGGGGCGAGUGGAGCUGAAGUCGACGAGUUUGAAUCCGCCUGGGUCAAAAAGCAUAAGCUGGUCACAUUCGACGAAGCGGUGGAAGCUCACAUCAAGUCAGAGGGUGGAGACGCCUCCGAGUACCUCGCGAAAACCAAAGAGAACCGCAACUUAUCACUGUCAAAACGCCGUGCCCUCUCCAACCAGUACACGAAGUCUCCUGUUUUUUGGUCUUCCGACAUCCCUCGAACCCGGGAGGGCUUCUAUCACUACCGAGCAGGCAUCUCAGCCGCCACUAAACGAGCGAUUGAAUUUGCCCCAUACGCUGAUCUUCUCUGGCUCGAAACUGCUGACCCUAGCGUUUCGAAAGCCGCAGGUUUUGCUCGAGAAAUCCGCGCAGCUUAUCCUGGCAAGAAAUUGGUGUAUAACCUGAGCCCAUCAUUCAACUGGAUGGGACAAGGCUUCGAUGAUGCCUCCUUGAAAUCCUUCGUUUGGGAUCUUGCCAAAGAAGGCUUCGUGCUUCAGUUGAUCUCCUUGGCCGGCCUCCACUCCACAGCUACCAUCAGCGCCGAGCUAUCACGGGGCUUCAAGGAAGACGGCAUGUUGGCGUAUGUCAAUCUCGUUCAGAGUCGGGAGAAGGCGCUUGGUGUUGACGUCCUGACACACCAGAAAUGGAGUGGCGCUCCGUACAUUGAUGGGAUUAUUGGCGCCAUCCAAAGUGGCAGCAGCAGCAGCAGGAGUAUGGGCGAGGGUAACACGGAGUCGAGCUUCUAG